AUGGGGUCACACGAGCCGAUCCACUCGGGUCAUUUUAUGACCUCAAAUCCUCAUACAGAUCCCACACCUGAAGAGGAAGAUGAUAACGAAGUGGAUGUUGAGUCACUCGAAGUUGAUGAUGAAAAGACACAAGAAAUGGGUCGAGCUAAAGCUGAAUUGUAUGCUGAUAAGCCCGUCACUUUCUACAAGUUUGGCCCAAAGAAAACUCAAUCCAUUGCCAUUGAUGUCUCCUUGAACAAAUUGAAUAAAUGCAUUAAAGUUGCUUACAACAAAAUGACGACACCAAAAUGGAAAGACUUUAAAGGAUUGCGGUUGCAUUGGAAACAACGAAUUCGUUUGAAUAACGUCAUCUGGAGAGCUUACUACAUGGAGUUCCGAAGACCUCAAGAUUUCAUAGCAAAAAAGCUGUUGGAGAAGAAAAAGUAUUGCUAUUUCUCGGUUCCCGACGAUGACAAUACUCAUGCGAAAAUUGAGGGUACAUUGAUCGAAGGUAUGUACUGGAAGAGAAGAAUGGCUGCUGUUUCUGCUCAAUACAAAAGAUGGAGACACUUUUUUAAGAAUCGACGCCCAGGAGCUAAAAGAAAAAGGGAACGAUCAGGUCCACUUCCGGCUAUAAUGAAAGUAUCAGCUGGGCCAGUUCAACGAUCACAAACUCCUUUGGCUCAAUCAGAUUGGGAUGCCGAUGAGUUUGAGAACAUUUUCACUGAUGAGCUUUUCGCCUCAUUGAAUCAACCAUACAUGUUUCCAAAUCCACGGGAAAUGAUGCAAACCGGCUAUGCAGAUAUUGUGCAACCGGGUCUUCUAUCUUUACAGCCAAGCCUUGAAGAAAUCAUGUGUACAUUGGAUGGUUCCGAAUUGACCGCACCAAAUACAAAUGGCGGCAGUGCUCCACCAUCAUCGUUAAGCCUUGACCGAUCUGGUGACCUUCGGAGUCAACUCUUGGAACGACAAGAAACUGUUCCCGAUCAUAUGCAAUUCAAUCAAUUUGUUGUGCCCGCUCCACCAAUGACUCGCGACGAAUCCUCAUUAGGCGGCGAUUAUUCGAUCAAAGACUACGCCAAUAUGCUUGUCGACUAUAGCAAUCAACCCGUUGCACAACAACCAACUAGAUUACCAUCACAAAUCACCUCGCAAAUGCUUAUCAUGAGUGGAUCGAUCUCUGCUCAACCACAAUACUCUCAACUUUCGGCUGCCCAAUAUAGUCCACGAAUGCCUUGGAAAAACGUUCCAUCACCACAACCAUCAAAUUGUUUUCUGGUAACUGGUGGUGAUGUAGCUCAAGUCGACUAUUCGUCUCCUUUCAUUGGCCAUAUUGGACCAUCUCGACUCAAUCAACCCGCACCCACACCAGCUCAAUCAAUGGGUGGGAUGCCUUGGUCAAGGAGUACUCCAUCUUCCACCGCUUCAUGGCUUGAGCAACAACUAGCUUCACCCGCUUCUCUACAAGUGCUUACUCCAUCACCAUCGCCUUCAUUACAGUCGCCUUCAGUGUUGUCACCUCUUUCAAUGCCUUGUCCUUCGUCUCUCGGCAUUCAAUCCGAGUUACCACCAGCUACAACUCAUAUGAACGAUCUCUUAAGAAGUUCACCAUCGCGACAAUCUCAUCAAAAUUUUCAUAAUCUUUCACAAAGAAGCGACUUGAGACAACUCAUGUUACGGCCUGAGUCCGAAGCCACAAAACCAUCAUUGCUUGUGUCCCCAAUCACACAAUCGGGACUGAACAACGGUCCAAGAUCUCAUCAAAUUCCUAAACAAGAAACCCCUCCAUCGCCACAGACUUAUCUCUCACUCAAGCCAAAACUAUCCGUACCUUCAAACUGGCAAGUACCUUCACCAAGUCUUUCCGAUGGUCCUCGAGUACUUUCUCGUAGUCACAAUGAUGAGAAAAACUGGAAUCAAAUGAUGCAAGCUCCUGGUUCUAUUGAAUCAAAUCAAUCAAAUGAGAUGCUUGAGCCUAAACAUGACAUCGAAAUGCCAAAGGAACGGACGAAGAGCAAUAAAAUGGAGCCGGCUGAUUCGACGUUGAAUCCCUCGGAAAGGAAACGAAUCCUUCACUUGCAUGCAGAACAAAAUCGUCGAUGCGCUUUGAAAGAUGGCUUCGAUCAACUCACCGAACUUAUACCAGAUCUCUACUCUGGUGGCGUUAAACCAACAAAUGCUGUUGUUUUGGCAAAAGCAGCUGAAUAUAUUAAAGGAUUGAAUACACAAAAAGAGACAACAGCUCAACGAAAAUCCGUUCUGCAAAAUCGAAUCGAAACUCUGAAUGCGAAGAUCGCCUUGCUGCAGACGAGUCUCCCAUCAGCGAGUGCAUCUACUGGAUCGGCUAGUGUUGAUUCAACUACACAAUUGAUGCAAUUUGUUGAACGGUAUACACGCGAGCGAAGUCGUGAACAAUUUAACUUUUGGCUGUUAGUGAAGCUGCUUGAGCCAAUGUUGCACUCGUUUGCCUCAAGACUUCAUCAAGAUCCAGGUGAUAGAAACGAGAUUUCUCACACAGCCGCCUUGUGGUUUUGCGAGGAAUGGAAAGUGCAAAAAUUGCGUCCAUUGGCGUCGAAUCUUCUUGUUUAUCUUGCCACAAACACCUCAAUUCUCACCGAUCCGACUGCUCUCGAGAAUCAUGUUCGAGAAAAAACUCAUCACCCA